GUUCCCUGCACAAGCUUGUUCAAGACGGUCACUGUCCGUUGUGGCCACUGCACCAACCUCCUGCCGGUCACCAUGCGUGGCUUGAUGCUACCGUCAUCGCCGGCAGUCAAUCAGUUUCAUUUCGGUCACUCUUUCUUCAAUCCUUCUACACAUGGUCUUCAGGAUGAUCAGAUUCCAAAUGGGAGCUCAAACUUUUUGAUGAAUCAGAAUUACGCAAAUGAUGUUUCUGUCACAUCCCGAGGAGGAUUUAAUGAUCUUCCAAAGCCCCCUGUGAUUAAUAGACCACCGGAGAAGCGACAAAGAGUGCCGUCGGCCUACAAUCGAUUCAUCAAGGAAGAAAUUCAGAGGAUCAAAGCUAGAAAUCCCGAUAUUAGCCACAGAGAAGCCUUUAGUGCUGCUGCAAAGAACUGGGCUCACUUUCCACACAUUCACUUUGGUCUCAUGGCUGAUCAGACUACUGCUGUCGACAAGAACAGCAUGCGCCAACAGGAGACAGAAGGUGGUUUUAUGAAAGAAAGCUUUUUUGCUUCUGCAAAUGUUGGUGUCUCUCCAUAUUAG